AUGACUGGCGACUUCAGACCCGCGCUGAUAGUGGUAGACCUGCAGGAGGACUUCUGCCCUCCCAACGGUUCGCUCGCAGUGCCAGAGGGUCGCGAUAUCAUACCACUGGUCAAUAAGCUCCUGGCCUUGCCGUUUGUCAUCAAGAUCGCCACCAGAGACUGGCAUCCGCGCGACCACGUCUCCUUCGCCGCGAACCACGAGGGCAAGCAGCCCUACACGGACUUUGUCAAGAUCACCAACCCGAACAACGAAUCGGAGAGCUACGAGUCGAGACUGUGGCCCGUACACUGCGUGCAAGGUACCAAGGGCGCCGAGCUGGUACCCGAGCUGCACGAGAAGAUCGAUAAGAUCAUCGAGAAGGGCAUUGACUCUCGCGUCGAGAUGUACAGCCCGUUCUACGACCCCUUCACUUCGCCACGGGUAUUUGACAGCGGGCUCGCUGGAGUCUUGAGAGAGAACCAUGUGACGGAUGUGUAUGUGGUGGGCCUGGCGGCCGAUUACUGUGUAAAGAGCGCCGCGUUGGAUGCAGUGAAGGAGGGAUUCAAGACCUACCUGGUCGAGGACUGUACGCGGGCAGUUGAUGCGGCUGGGUGGCCCGAGUGCAAGAAGGGCAUCGAGGCCUCGGGCGCGAGGGUCGUCAGCAUGGAGGCGCCUGAGGUCCAACGCUUGAUGACCGCGCAGUCCAAUGCAUAG